AUGGAGUGGUUUAACAUAUGUUGUUUCCUGUUUUCGUGCACUUUACUCGUUGUUGCUAUUGACCCUAACGACUGUGAUAUCGAUGUCUCUGGCACCUGCUUUGUUAUCAUACAUGAAAAGAUGAAAUGGGAGGAGGCUCGCACUAAAUGCCAAGACCUUGGUGGCAAUUUGGCCGUGCUCGACAAGAUAAAUGUACGGGAUGCUGUAAAUACAAUUACUGUUGGAGGAGAGUCAUUGUGGAUUGGUUUACAUGACUUGGCAAUUAAUGGCCAGCCAUUUUGGGUUGAUCCUGAAGUAAUUUACAAUAGCAAUAAAGUGUAUCCAUGGGCAAUCGUAGACGACAAUACUGACAACAGAGACUGUGUUUUAGCUACGGGAAACCAGGAAGGCGUGCUUGAGUGGCGAUAUAACAACUGCGGCAGUCUACAUGCAUUUCUCUGCGAAAUUUUGGGCUCAGAUGAUGAUGCUGAUAUGGAAAUUAUUACGGCAAAUAAACUGAAAGCGGAAUAAGCCAGAUUGGCUGAGUUAGAAAGACCAAGUGCUAAGAUUGCUGAAAUAAACAAAAAUCUUGAACUGUUUGAAGGUGACAUUAUACUAACUGAUGAUGAUCUACAGACCAUUCAAGAUGCGG